GAAAGACAAAGAUCGGGAGGGGAUUAUUAAUCAGAUGAAAUGUGAUACUUAAAAAGAAAUAGGGCAAGAAUAGUAUUUUGCUAGAUUCAAAUAUUUCGUUAUUUCCAUACGGUUCUAGCAAAUCUCUCCCUUUCUUGGACAACGAAAAUGCCGUCUUUCUUUAUGCAGCAAAUUUACACACUUCCGUCAUAAUAAGCCACAUGUCAGUCACACGCGCCAUUUAAAAAAGUAUAAAUGGGGCAAAGAAAUCACAGCCUAUAAACAUUCAACUCAAUGUCUUUCACAAUAUGCCAUUUAAUCAGUCGGACAUAGAACCUAUUUACCUUCGAAACGAUCACAACAAGAAACGACUCAUGCCAAUAAAAGAAGAAAUGAAAGAAACAAGAGUCGAUAAAUGGACAUUUGAAAGUUUCUUUGGAAUCAAAAGCAAAGGCCAAUCACAGAUCAUCACAGACGAAUCCAUGAAUCGACUUAUAUCCUUUCAUUUGUAACAUAUCUCUUUUUCUAUAUUCCUUUUUGUAAAUAAUCUUGAAUAAAUCUUGCAUCUCUCUAUUUCAUAUUUUCUGGUUUCUAAAUUUAGAUUGUUUUUAUUGGUGUGAAUAAAUGUAUACUUGUGAGUGGUUCUUAUUUUAUAUAUGCAAACACAUGUUUUUUAUUUUUGCUACGGGUAACAGUCGUCAAGGGAAAUAUUUGUUGCUUUAUUUACUCACUCCUGAUGAUGCCAACGUGUAACGUGCCCAAGACUAUAAACAUCAUAAAGCACCCCACGUGCCUGUGUCUAUGCACAAAAGGGUCCUACAGAAGUUUAGGUAAAAACCAUUUUUAGCAGCAUCCAAUCAUUUUUCUUGACGUAAGCUCAUUUUUAUGUACGGG